AGGUGACAGUGUGGACAAGUGAGGCUGAGAAAGAAAGGAAUCAGAUAGGAGUAAAUACGUGUUGUUUCUAAAUUAAAAGUAAAGCCAUUUUUCUUAUCAAAGUGCAAGGGUGAUAAAAAGGUCCUAGGUAAAGAUGCCCAAUUUUGCAGGAAACUGGAAGAUGAAGAGCAGUGAAAAUUUUGAAGAACUUCUCAAAGCGCUUGGGGUGAAUGCUAUGUUGAGAAAGGUGGCCUGUGCAGCCGCUUCCAAACCCCACGUGGAGAUUUGUCAGAAUGGUGAACAGUUCUACAUCAAAACAUCUACUACUGUGAGGACCACCGAAAUCAACUUCCAGAUAGGACAGGAGUUCAACGAAGAGACCGUCGAUGGCCGAAAAUGCAAGAGCUUGGCCACAUGGGAAACAGUUAAUAAGAUAACCUGCAGACAAACCAUGGUGGAUGGCAAUGGCCCGAAGACCUACUGGACACGAGAACUGAUAGGGAACGAACUCAUCCUGACCUUUGGAGCAGCCGAUGUGGUGUGCACGAGGAUUUAUGUCCGAGAAUGAGAGCAGAGGCAACCGAUGGAGUUACAGUCCGGCAUAUUUCAUGAUUAACUUGCACUAUAGUGUGUUAGUCGAUACUUUCUUUUAAAGAACUUGAUUGUUUGUCAUUGUACAUUACAGUACAUUAGACAUGUUAAAACAGUGCUAGUUCUAUUAAUGUUUUUAUCUGGUAAACAAUUUUAGAGCAGUUACAAUAGUUGACUGCAGUUCUUCAGUCUAAGUACAUUCUUUUAAUCUUUAUUUUUGUAUUUGUUUAUCAUGAAAUAAAAACAAA